UUCCAGUUUUACUUGCUAACGAAUAAGUCUCCUUGUAAGUAUGGUGGUAGUCUCAUUUAUUCUUCGACGGUUCCUAUUCUGGAAGCAGUGGAAUCCUUUUAACCGCCUCGAAUGUUUCGAGUUGCAGCUAAAGCUACUUAUAUUCGUUGGACUCUGGCCGUCGACGGACGGCACCCCGACUUCGAUAAUCGGCUACCGAAUCUACGGAUGGUGUUUUCGUAUCGUUUUCAUGUAUCUCUAUACUUUAAGUCAAAUUCUUUACUUUCUCAAAGUUGAUAAUUUGCUAAGUGUUGCUCAAGCCAUGUUCUUGUUGAUGACGCAAAUAACAUUGAUUUGGAAGUUGGAAAAUUUCAACUACAAAAUAGAACGAAUUCAGAAGUGCUUACGAAAAGUUUCUUGCGUUCUUUAUGAUCCUUUGAAUUAUGCUGAACAAAGGGCAGUAUCCAAUAGCAUGGGCCGAAUCUGGUUUUUAGUAACUCUGCUUCUGGCGAUGGCGUAUGGUACUAUUUCCUUUUGGGCAAUCUCGCCUUUAUUGAAGAAAGAUGGGAACCUACCUGUUCAAGCAUGGUUUCCGAUCGAUCACAGACAUUCUCUGGCAGUAUAUAUGCUGCUUUGGUUUUAUCAAAUAUUUGGAAUCGGCAUGAGUGCUACCUACAACGUCAGCACUGACACUUUGGCCUCCGGACUGAUUUAUCAUUUACAAGCUCAAACCAAACGGUUGGGAAUUCUACUAAGCAAGAUGGGAUCUGAGAAUUCCAUGCGUAUCAGUGAGAAAUUACCAAAAUCAAACGAAAACAUUGAUGCCGAAUGUGAUUUGUGCAAUGAAGUUAGCAGUAAACGGGCCGAUAUUGAUCAGUUAUCAAAACAUCAUGGACAGACUUAUGGUUGUCUGGUUGAAUUGGUUAUUUUCCAUAGAAAUUUGUUAGGGUUUCAACAUGAAUUGAUCGACAUAUUCGGACUAUCGAUUUACGCCCAGGUGAUCGCAUCGGUGAUCAUAAUUUGCAUGACAGCUUUUCUGUUGACUGAAGGAUCUAAUUUUGUCGCCAUUUUUUCUGCCUUCAGUUAUCUGAUUACCAUGGUCUGGCAAAUUUUUUUGUACUGUCUUGCGGGAAAUGAUUUUACGUAUUCGACAGAUAAAUUGUCGGAAAGAGCAAUGUUCAGUAACUACGUAUGUUUCAAUCGAACCACUGCCAAAGCUUUCCUUUUCUUUUUGACCAGAAUUAAGCGCCAGUCUGAUUUCAAGGUUGGUUUUAUUUUGCCAUUCACUCUAUCAUUUUCUAGUUUCAUUUUGGUAAGAAAUUGUCCUAUUUUAAUAUAUGAACCCUUGCGUUUUAAUUGGUUUAUUGUUUCAGAUCUUGAAAACAUCAUAUUCAUACUUCGCUGUUCUGAAUAGCACUCGCAAAUAAUUGUUGUUCGAGAUUCAACAAAAAAAUAAUAACUUUUUUAUGCGAAAAGGAUCAUUGUACUGGACAUGCAAUCGUGCAGUUUGUUGGAAUAAAAGGUUCAGUUCCGCACCUGAAUGCUUCUCAUUUGUAACGUUGAUCAAACUUCGGUUCUGAGUGAUCAAAAGAUAACUUCAUUGCACAUUUAGCAAUUGCUAAUAAUCGAAACUUUGAAUGAACUGACUAAUUUUAAAAGCUCUUACAACUAAGGUGUAAUUUCAUUUUUUUUCAAUUCAGACGUUAUAUACAGUUUGAUUUUAAUGCGACUACCGUCCAUUUAUUCGAAACGCUUGUUGCGGGACUCCCCUCUAUGAAUUUAAGUACAGCUUCUGAGUGUUCAUGACAGACAUCGAUGAAAGCUACGGAAAGCACUCCGCCGUAUUUCGAAGCGUGACAAAGUAUAUUUCAAGAGUGGCUCCGGACAGACGAAAGUCCCCUGCUCCAUUUUGAAGGUAGUAUUUUUUUCAGCAUAAUUUUUUCUCUGUACUGCAUUAUUUUACGGAUUAUGUGCGAAUUGGUGUACGGUGUUUAUGUGUGCAUCUACUCGGUAAAUCUGGGCGUCUGGAACCUACUGAAACAUGAUGGCAUGUCAAAAAAUAAUUUAUGUGCGGUUAAUCACCCAGGCUAGACAUAUUAUGUGACAUUUUUGUAGUAACUAGAAGGAGAGUGUUAUGGCAUAGUAUGAAGUUUAAUCGAUAUAUAGAAA